CGACAGAUGAAGCAUGUGCCCGGUAUUUAUAUGCCCUGUUCCGCCUAUUAUACUUCACGCCAUCUUCCGGUCCGUGUUAGCUAACGAGCUAUGCAAUGAAAAAAGGCACGGCUCAGAUGAACUCUACCUCAGAGCUCGAUCCCACUGUCAACGAAGGCAAUCAAUUGGACCCGAGGCUCAAGUACGAUUUAUCGGGGAAGAAGCCUAUCGUGCUGAUUCCACAACCUUCUGACGAUCCCGAUGAUCCACUGAAUUGGUCGCUGGCGAAGAGAGAUACCAUCACCUUUGUUCUGUGUCUUGUGUCGAUCAUGGCCGCUACGCUCGGCCCGAUUCUCGCUGCCAAUACCGUCACGCUAGCAUUCUACUUUGACAAGACUUUCACGCAGGUUGCACUGCUGACUGGAUGGCAUCUACUCGGCGUUGGUGUUGCCGGCUUCAUCUUUGUACCUUCCGCGAGAGUGUGGGGAAAGAGACACCUCUACAUUCUCGGCACGGUAUUGUUGGUCGUAAGCUCUAUUUGGGGUGGCGCUGCACAGUCUUACAACUCUUUGCUUUGGGCAAGAGUGAUUCAGGGUGUUGCUGUCACGCCGUUCGAGGCGUUGGUCAAUGCUUCGAUUGGAGACUUAUACCCAGUGCAUCAACGUGGCAAGAGGAUGGCCUUCACUAACUUUGCGCUAUAUGGCGGAGCUUUCUUCACGCCGGUAAUCGUGGGAAAGAUGACGUUUGAGAUGUCGUGGAGAUGGCCGUUCUACUUUGUCGGAAUAUUCUCCGGAAUUAUGCUUCCUGCUGUAUUCUUUUUAGUCCCAGAGACUGCCUUUCGCCGGGAAAUUAACACAGAUAUGGCAUCCACCGAGAACUUAAUGUACCCACAGGAUACACAGGAUACAAUUGCCAACCAGCAGCGGCAGUCGUCGGUAGAGCUCAUGCCCACCAAACAGUCUGAAGAGCAUUCGCAGCAAGCAUCGGAGAAUGGAGAGCAUUCGCAGCAGGCAUCGGAGAAUGGAGAGCAAGCAUCUCCGAAAACCUCAACACCCUACUUCAAGAGCCUCGCUCUCUUCAACGGGCGCAAAACCGACGAGAGCGUGCUCAAACUUGUCCUGCGACCGUUCCCGUUGUUACUCCAUCCCGCGAUCCUCUGGGGAAUGCUUACACAAGGUGCACUGAUCGGAUGGACCGUCAUGAUCGGUGUUGUCUUGGGAAUUAUCUUCAUGGGCCCACCCCUCUGGUUCUCCGAAGUAAAAACUGGUUACAUGUACACCGGUGCCUUCGUGGGUGCAAUGUUAGGCUUCCUCGUCUCGGGCUUGCUCUCCGACUGGUCCGCCAAAGCUCUCUCUAAGCGUAACAACGGCGUCUACGAACCCGAAUUCCGGAUCCUCCUCGUUAUCCCUCAAACGGUGCUCGGCGUGAUCGGCCUCAUUGGCUUCGGCCUCACCUGCAGCGACAUUGCCAAAUACGGCCCCUACCUCCCCUCCUUCUUCUUUGGCAUGGAGGUAAUGGGCAUGAUCCUUGGUGCCACCGCCAGUGCCCUCUAUCUCGUCGACGCGCAUAGAGACCUCGCCAUCGAGAGCUUUACGUGUCUUCUGUUGUUCAAGAACUUCUUCUCGUUCGGACUCACGUGGAAGGCUGUUGAUUGGGUCGCGGAGGCGGGCGUGUGGAGGAUAUUUUGGAUUCUGGGCGUGGUCCAGGUUGUCGUUGGACUACUCAGUGUGCCGAUGUAUAUCUUUGGAAAACGAAACCGCUCGUUUUUCCACCGCCACGACAUCCUGGAGAUGACGAAGCUCCGCUGAGCAUGCAUCAAAUUAUUAUUAUUAUAAUGGGAGGUUAUGGAAGAUGAUGGUUAUGCUCCGCCGAGCAUCAUAUUAUUGCAAUGGGAGGUUAUGAAAGAUGCUUAUGCUCCGCUGAGCAUCAAAUGUUGCUGCAAUGGCAGGUUAUGGAUUUGGUAUUUUCACGUUUCGUUUUGUUCUUGUUUUUCGUUUUCGGCCGCGCAGCCGCUCUACAGCAGAUGCUGCUCAUUCAUGUGUAAAUUAUUAUAACAUGGCGCAGUGUAUUAUAACUAGAAUAACUAGACCUUAAAUGUUUGUAUGUAUUUUAAUCGAUAAUUUUUCAUGGCAG